AACAACUCUGACGUACUUGAAACACGAGUUAUACCGGAAGAUUUCUCCAAAAAUACACUUUAAUUGAUGCUCUCAUCGCUCAGAAGAAGAGCCCCCCUUUCAGAUAAUAAUGUCAUGGCCUCCUCUGCUGAUAAAAAGCUGACAGGAGUAGUUGCAGCCACGUUUACUCCACUGACCCCAGAAGGCGAGAUCAACCUCACACAGAUUGGACCUUAUGUUGACUACUUGAAAGAGAAGCAAGGUGUGAAAGGUAUUUUUGUGAAUGGCACCACCGGAGAGGGCGCGUCUCUCAGCAUUGAGGAGAGGAAGAUCCUGGCUGCUGAGUGGUGUCAGAAAGCCAAGGGGAAAAUCGAUCAUGUGAUUGUGCAUGUCGGCUGCAUGAGUCUUAAAGAUUCCCAAGAUCUGGCUCGCCAUGCAGCACAGAUCGGGGCUGAUGCAAUAGCAGUCAUUUCCCCCUCCUUCUUCAAGCCCAGCUCUGCAGAUGUCUUGAGGUCGUACCUUAAGGAAGUGGCUUCAGUUGCCCCAACUCUGCCCUUCUAUUACUAUAAUUUUCCAGCUCUCACUGGUGUUAAUGUGCCAGUAAGAGAUUUGUUGGAAGGUAUUAAGGAGCUCAUUCCCUCCUUCAGAGGUGUGAAGUUCAGUGGGACAGACCUGAUGGACUUUGGUCAGUGUGUCAGCAACAGUCAGCCUGACUGGUCCUUCCUCUACGGCGUGGACGAGCAACUGCUCGCAGCUCUGGUUCUGGGAGCCCACGGAGCAGUUGGCAGCACAUAUAACUACAUGGGAUGUCAUGUCAACAAGCUCAUAUCAGCGUUUGAGAAAGGCGACCUUGUUGAAGCCAGGACGAUACAGUUCAAGGUGCAAGAGCUGAUCAGUUAUGCCAUAAAAGUUGGCUUUGAUGUUGGAGUGAACAAGCAGCUGAUGAGUGAGGUGUCGGGCUUGAGUCUCGGGCCCCCUCGACUCCCUGUGAAGACAUGUCUUCCUGCUGAUGCUCUGUCCAUUGCAGAGAAAUAUUACAGCAUUUUUUCCUGAACAAAGCACUGGUCAAACUGGACUGUCGAACUCUCUCAAUAACUCAGCACACCAAUUCUGAUGAAGACAUUUAACAUUGCAACAUGUUUUGAUUGUUUUUCUUCCUUUAAAAUCCCAGUUAUGGAAAAACCCAGACUUUAAGAUGACUCUAUCAGAGGGAGGAUAACGGACAGAGGAGGCAUUACUGGUAUGAACACUUUCACUCCAGAAAAUGGAAAAGGUAACAUCUGAGUUGUCAAAAGGGAGCAUAAAACACUCACAAAUGAGAUUCAGCACUUGUUUCAGGUAAAUUUUAUACCAUAAAUUUCUUACUAUUGUGCAAUGAUCCAUUUUUAGGUUCACAUUUAAAUCUACUAUGUUCUGUUCCUGGCAAGUUUCAAAAUGACAAAGCCAGAUUAUCUCUAAGACCUGUACAAGUGUGUGUGAGACAGUGAGUGUGUCUCAUGGUGCCUAAUCAGAUGGAAAUUCUGCAUUUCCUGUUUUUAACCUGCUUUCUAAGUCUGUAUUUCCAAACAUUUCCCUAAGACAUGAUGGUUUGCUGCUGUUUUUGGCCUGAGGUUACUACACUUUUCUGAAGAUGUUUGAUUAUUUGCAUGAGCUGAUAAUGAAAAUUGAAAAUAAAAAUAUACUGUGGAUUCUCU